UCCCAGCAUCACUCUCUCUCUCUCUCACCCCUUCUCUCUUGCUCUCUUUUCUCUUUCUCACUUACCCAGGCAAUCAAUCAAUACGUGGUCAGGAAGCAGAGCGACGAGGCGGACUGCAGUGGACAGGAAGGAGGACAAGGACAAAAGAGAGGCAAAGGAAAAAGAGGACACGCGGUUUGGAUUGUGUGCGUGUGCUUUUUUUUUUUUGACGUCAUCUCAGGUUGGAGGAGGAGGGAUGUAAGCGAGCCAAGGCGAACGCGAGAAAGAGCUCCUCGCAACAUCUUGGAAGCAUCCUCACAUGGACAUGACAGGAUUUCAAAUCACCGGGGAGACUUGAUGUUGGGAAGCAACCAGCGCACGUUUUUGUUCUUUUUUGGGGGGGGAGGAGGAGGAGGAGGAGGAUCUCAACAGUUAAAUUAAUUACGGAGCCAAUACGUGCGUGAAGAUGAGUGUGCCUAUGCUGAAGAUCGGCGCCGUGCUGAGCACCAUGGCCAUGGUCACCAACUGGAUGUCCCAGACGCUGCCCUCGCUGGUGGGAUUGAACGGGACCACUGUUGGCGGCUCCCCCGAUGGCACACACGAACGCAUCGUCAGUGGUUUGUAUCCGGGCUCGGAGGAGGUUUGGCAGGUGUACAGCACCGCGUCGGACCCGGACGGCCGCUGCGUGUGCGCCGUGGUGGCUCCCGCCCGCAACCUCUGCAAGCGGGACCAUCGCGGCCGCCAACUCAGCCUGCUGACUCAACAGGUACAGAACGUGAGUCAGUCCGUGGAGGGGGUCCACCUGCGGACCACCAGGGACCUGCGACGCUUCCGCGAGUCGGAGCCGCUGCUGCGGGGGGUGGACGGACGCCUGCACUCGUACGCCGGCAGUCCUCGCACGCUCACGGCCAGGGGUCUGCAGGAGCUGAAGGGUCAGGUGAGCCAGCUUCAGCCCCUCCUGUCCACGGCAGAUCGCUACCGGUCCGACGUGCGGACGCUGGCCGCCCUGCGAGGCCAAUUGCUCAACCUGUCGGCGCUCCUGACGGCCAUCCAGGAGGAGGUGGGCGCCUACGACUACGAGGAGCUGCAGAGGCGAGUCCUGCUGCUGGAGACCCGACUGCACAGCUGCAUGAACAAGCUAGGUUGCGGUCGCCUGACAGCCGUCAACGGUCCCAUCACCGUGCGGGCCUCGGGGUCCCGCUUCGGCUCCUGGAUGACUGACGCCAUGAUUCCCAGCUCCGACAGCAGGGUGUGGGCCAUGGACGGCUUCUACCGCGGCCGGCGCGUGCUGGAGUACCGCACGAUGGCCGACUUCACCAAGGGCCAGAAUUUUGUGCAGCACCUGCUGCCGCACGCCUGGGCCGGCACGGGCCACGUGGUCUACAACGGCUCGCUCUACUACAACAAGCACCAGAGCAACAUCCUGGUGCAAUACCACUUCCGCUCUCGCAGCGUGCUGCUGCAGCGUAGCCUUAGCGGCGCGGGCUACAACAACACCUUCCCGUACAGCUGGGGGGGCUCCUCCGACAUUGACCUGAUGGCCGACGAGACGGGCCUGUGGGCCGUUUAUACGUCCAUUCUCAACGCUGGAAACAUCGUAGUGAGCCGCCUGUGUCCGCGCUCGCUGGACGUACUGCGUAGCUGGUCCACGGGCUUCCCGAAACGCAGCGCCGGCGAGGCCUUCAUGAUCUGCGGCGUCCUCUACGUUACCAACUCGCACCUGGCCGGAGCCAAGGUCCACUUUGCCUACAACACCAACACGUCCACCUACGAGUACACGGACGUGCCGUUCCACAACCUCUACUCGCACAUCAGCAUGAUGGACUACAACCCCAGAGAGAGGGCGCUCUACACCUGGAACAAUGGUCACCAGGUGCUCUACAACGUCACGCUCUUUCACGUCAUACGCGCCGACGGGUAGACGGCGUUAAGACGAGACUGGAGAGGAGUCGAGCACACGGUGGUGGAUGUGUGGAGUCCGCAUGCUUUUCUUCCUUCAAUAAACAUCAAUAAACUUCA